AUGUCUCAUAGCCCGUCCGAGGAUGGGCCUGCCAAGGCCGCCUACGAAGCCUACGCGGCGCAGGUACUGGAGGAACCGUAUCGCUACGUGACGCAAAAGCCUGGCAAGGAUAUUCGCAGCAAGUUGAUCAACGCCUUCAAUGCCUGGCUCAAGGUGCCGGACGACAAGCUCGCCAUCAUCAAGGAGGUCACCAAGAUUCUUCACAACGCCAGUCUACUGAUUGAUGAUAUUGAAGACAACUCAAAGCUACGCCGUGGCCUACCUGUGGCCCACGCCAUUUUUGGCAUUCCCCAAACUAUCAACUGUGCCAACUACAUGUACUUUAUCUGUAUGGCCAAGGUCAUGGACCUGCAGUCUCCGGCUGCAGCCCAGGCUUUUACUGAUCAGUUGAUUGAGCUGCAUCGCGGCCAAGGUCUUGAUAUCUUCUGGCGCGACACGGUGCAGUGCCCCACCGAGGAGGAAUAUAAGCGUAUGGUGCUCCAAAAGACCGGUGGCCUCUUUGCGCUGGCGCUGCGCCUCAUGCAGCUCUUCAGCGACGAUAAGCGAGAUUUUGGACCGCUGCUCAAGACGUUCUCGCUGUACUUUCAGAUACGAGACGACUACGCCAACCUGCAAUCGGAUGAGUAUGCGGCCAACAAGUCGUUUUGUGAGGACAUUACCGAAGGCAAAUUCAGCUUUCCCAUCAUUCAUUGCAUUCGCCAGUCGCCGACGGAGCAUCAGCUGCUCAACAUCUUGAAGCAGCGCACGGAUGACCGUGACCUCAAGCUGCAUUGCCUGCGCUGCAUGGAGCGCACUGGCAGCUUCACUUACACGCAUCGCUUCUACACCUUGCGACAGGUGGACGUGUUAAACGACUUGGAACGCACUGCCCGGGCUCAGAUCGCCGAGCUGGGUGGUAACGACACCCUCGUGGCCAUUUUGGAUACCCUUUCCAAGCUGCAUCACUAG